AUGUCAAAACGCGUCGCCCUCCUCCCGAAGACCGUCCCGUCCGGCGAGGCAAACGUGGUCCAACUCCUCAUCCACACUCUACACCCCGAGCUCGACAGCUUCGUCAGCGCGAAGCACGCCGCUGCCGUCGACGAGCUGAACGGCUACGUCAUCCAGUUGCCCUACAAAGAUCUCUUCGGCGUCGACACCGAAAGCCGCAUCCCGCAGAACUUCGGCGCCAAAUUCGACCUGUCGACCUGGGCGAAACCAAUCGCAAGUCAACUUGUUGAGCGCGCGCGGGGAGCAGAUAAUCCAGCACACCACACGGCACCCUUUCCCCGCCAUCGAGACCAUGUGCGAGGGGGGGCCCAGAUACGCUGGUGUGGACCUGAGCUGGCUAAGGAUGAGGUGUGCUACAUUGUGCUCGGCAUCACAGAAUUGAAGAAUGCGGCUUUUGAGCGCGAGAUGCCUCAGGGAAUGGGUCUGUGGGGCUUGGGAUAUCUUGGACGUGCGCUUCUCGGUCGUUGGCGAUGGCAGGCUGGGUUGUCGUGUUCUGAGAUCUGAUUGCUCCCAACAACAGAACCAUAUCCAGCUGAGCGACGGCCGAGCUUGCUGUG